AUGGCGCCAGUGUGUGGGGCUUGCCGUCUGUCGCUUCUGGCGCUGUGCGUGGUUGUGGUGUUGGUGCUUUUUGGCGUUGAAAAUGCAAACUCUCUUUUGGUGUAUGAUCGCCAAACACUGAUGGACCUUCGGUUCCCUGCCAGCUUUUCGCUGGAUAAAGAGUCGGAUCGCGGUGGACAUAAAACGCUACCACCGUUUCUUUCGGGGAUACCAGCUUACCUGUGCCGCGCCCCGGCUCCAACUCCUCGCCGAAAACGCCAUCGCCGGCGUGGGAAACGCAGCGGCAAACUGGCGAGGAUGAAGGCCUUAGUAUUGGAGGGUAUCUCACGGUCUGUAUGCGGCGCGAUGCCUCGCUUUUCUCUCUCACGGCGCUUUCUGGACCCUGUUGGCGAAUGUUUGGUGCCUGUCGUGGAUCGGGAUGGAGUGUUUCAACCUCGCGGUCCCUGCUCCCCUCGACUCCGCCGGCGUGGAGUAAAUCUGCGUAAUUUGCGGUCUUUGUGUAGGACUCCCUGUACCUCUAACGUUGCGGAUAUGCCGGCUCCUGCUAGGUUUGGCGUGAUAAACGCCAGAUCGCUGACAAACAAAACUUUUAUUAUCAAGGAUUUCUUCACCUCGAAAGGACUGGACUUUCUUUGCGUGACCGAGACAUGGCUGGGUACUGGUGAGUCCGAUGCUUUCACUGCUACCACCGUUUCUUUCGGGGAUACCAGCUUACCUGUGCCGCGCCCCGGCUCCAACUCCUCGCCGAAAACGCCAUCGCCGGCGUGGGAAACGCAGCGGCAAACUGGCGAGGAUGAAGGCCUUAGUAUUGGAGGGCCAGCUAGCAAUAGGACCUUCCUCCUGUGUCCUAUGUGCAAGAAGACUCAUUGGAGCCUUCCGGUUCACCUCAGAAGAUCCUGCAUGAAGAACUCCUCAGAAGCGGACAUUCUGGCUGUGGUGGAAUCUGCCAAGAGAGCUGCCAACAAUUUGCUCCGUACUGGCCGUGUCUGGGAGUACUCUCUCAUCACCAGGAUCGUGCAGAGCCCUGACCCUGUUGACAGGAUGAUCGAGGAGCUGCAGAGCAGAGGGAAUGCUGUGGUUGGCAUCCCAACUGAAGACCCGGCUCCUGUUGCUCCUGCUGUUCCAGCUGUUCCGGCUGUAGCCCAACUGCCAGUUGAGGCUCCGUCUGAGUCCAGCUCAGAAAGCUCUGGGGAACUCUAUCAGUGGUAUGAGACAAUCAAAUUUUUGGUUCUUGCUCUGAAGAACUCUGUGGAGGUGUACGCCUGUGCUCCAAAGCCUUACCAUAAGUUCAUGGCUUUUAAGAUGGCUCCCUGUCCAGUUUGCAAGAAGGUGCUGUCCUCCAUCUCUGCGCACCUUUCCACAGUACAUCACGUGGAAAACGUAGAGGAGAAGAGGAUCCUGAUUCAGCUGGCGAAUCAGAAAGUGUCGAUCCUGACAUCUCCGUGUCCUGUUCCGGGAUGUGGGUAUCAGAAGUCUCGUCUUGACCGCCAUCUGACCAGCUGCCACCGGGACCUGUCCGAUCAGGCCAGGGAGAGAUACAUCCAGACGGCACAGAGGAUCAGAGCCAUUACUCUCCUGAGAGAGUUGAGGGCCAGCAGUCCGAACGUGCCCAUGGCCACUCGCUUGGACUUGGCUGCUGCUGACGAAUCUUCAACGCACGACUACGACCGAGUACUCGAGUCAGCGAAACCUGGCGUCCUCGAUAUCAGUCGGAGACUGAGAAUGGGACAACGGGUGGAAGAGAGUCUGCAGAUAAUGUUCCGGUACGUCUGUGAGGCGAUACUCCUGAAGGAGCAUCAACUGGCAGAGAGCGCUGUGCUGAACUUCAAGGUAGAGCAUUGGGUAGCUCGAACCCCGUCAGCCAGUGGCAUUGUCCUUGACCACUUUGACAUCAGCCUGACUCCCCAACAGGAAGAGUGGCUGGAGAUGUACUUUGCCCACAUCAGGUCAUGGAGCGUGAAAAAGUCCAGCCCCGAUGUUCAUGAUGGAGGCAGCUUCUUUCUCAGCCAGAAAGGAGUUCCUGUGGUUAAUCUGCGGCUUGAUAUGAAGCGGCUAUGGGAACUGUAUCCACAGGCUUCAGGGACCGACCUGCCAGCAGUUGCCCCCAGUAGCCAGCCGAGCUCUGCUGCAGGUUCUGAAGAGGGGGAUGAUGAGCAGCCUUCCUGCUCACAUGCUGUGGGACAGGCAACUGGACAGCCACAGGCUCCGAAGAGGGACCACUCCCCUUCAUCCUCUUCAUCGGAUGGAGACACUGAAGAGCCUAGUGGUAGUCGCUCUGCGAUUGAAAGGAAGCGGAGGGCUAAGUCCACCUGGCUUAGUUUUCUUGACCUGUUUCCUGUGACUGUUCAUGCCACGACACCCACAUGUGAGGAAAUUGUCGGCGGUGGAUUUGAUCGCGAAUGCCUUCGUUACUUUCGCAACAAAUGGAGGACAGUCCAGCGUGAACAGCGCAUCCAAUAUAUCUUGGACAAGUUCAAGUUCAGGAACCGCCCCACAGAGGCCAGGGUACGCAAUCUGCUCCUUGCUGAGAACUGGUCUGCCAACUCUCCAAGCGCCAUGGAUGUGGUCACGUCUUGGGUCCCUGUAAAGGACCACAUCAAGAGUCCGGACAUCAUCCGGCGCAUUCAGGAACAGUCUUGGAAAGGACUUUGCCUGAAAGACUUUGGGCCACCAAAGAACAAAGGGGUGAUUGCGACGAUGCCCUUUUCCAAGGGAGAGGUGGUGUGCGACUACCAUGGAGAGUACGUCACCCAGGAAGAAGGGAAUCGGCGAAUGGAACAGCUGUUCGACGAAGCCUGUUACGUCUUCUUCUUUGCGGGAUGUGGGGAAAAGGUCUGCAUAGACGCCCAACAUUCUCCAUGCCAGUGUCACCCACACCAGGACACGUUUGGUCGUCGGAUGAACCAUUCAAGGAGAAGUCCAAAUGUGAAGCCACACGUUUUCAAACUUCCACUCCCAGAGGGAACAAGAUGGCAUCCCAUUUUCCUCACGCUUAAGGACAUCCAAGUCAACGAGGAACUUCUUUGGGACUACGGUGUCCUCUGCGACGAGGGAUUUGGAGGCGAAGCUGCUGCACUGGACUGGUUGGCUAGUUGAAGUCCUGGACAACAACCUACCCCUCUGCCAUCUCAUACGAACUCACUGCACGCGGCACUUUACUUCACCCUGCACCACAACUCAUUCUGUACCUGUACUGUUACACUGUCGCCUACUAGACUUCACACACACACACACACACACACUGGGCUUUGGGCUUUAUUUAAUUUGGUCAAAUCUCUUAAAAUGACAAACAGACAUUCAAGUGGGCUGAUGUGGGUGAAAUCUGUGGACUGACCAUUGGGGGCGCACGGGCCAGAUGUUUCUUGCUUGCGGGCCGCCUAUUGCCGACCUAUGACCUAAUACCUAUUAGAAUAUAAUUAAACUUAUUUUACACUGUA